GGCAGGAAAAAAAAAUAUGAAUGCCCUCGUUUUUACCACCCCCACUUCAAAACCACAGCUCUGUCUAAUUGGUUGAAGUACAGGCCUGGGGUCACUGGGUCUCAUUGCAAGGGGUCCUGCUGACAGCUGCAAAAAUAUAUCUUAUUGGUUGCUCUACCAAUCUCCUGCCUCCUCCUUUUGUCCCUAGCCUUCAUUGCAAUUAGUAUCUUCAAGGUUCAUUUUUGAACAGAUUCUACUUUACGGACUUCACUGGCCCACAAACAAGCAGAAGUGAGAGCAAUUUUUCACCCAAGUUGUUUUGCCUUCGUGCAACUUUUCAAGGUGUAUAGGAUAUCCUACGUAUACAUUGCAAGAUGCAGCUGUCUUUGAUUCUGUGGCUAUCGUUAGUAACCAUUUCUGUGGCUCCACCAUCCACUGAGAAUGGUAGACGAAGAACAGAAAAGCUCCAACCCAGUGAGACCAGCUCAUAUGAGAACCUUGACCUGAAUAAUUAUGACCCAAGCCUGGAUAUCUAUGGAGAUUCAUUAGACCUGAACAACUAUGAUGAACUGUAUGACUACUCAGAACCUGAACCUAAGAUUGAGGUUGGCACUCUGGCUACUCUUGCCAAAAAGACAGAGAUGGUUACAACCAGAGCACCCCCAAAAAUUACUCCAAACCCCUCCUUUAAAAAGCCAACAGAACCUGGUCUCUUUGGAUCAAUGACAGAACAAGGUCUACCAACAUGCUUGCUUUGUGUUUGCCUCGGAAGCUCUGUAUACUGUGACGAUGUAGACCUCACUACUAUUCCACCACUCCCCAAAGAAACAACUUACUUCUAUGCCCGCUUUAACAAAAUUGAACAAAUACGCUCUGGAGACUUUGCAGGACUGAAGAAACUAAAGCGUGUGGAUCUCUCCAGCAACUCUCUAUCUCAGAUUGAUGAGGGCGCCUUUCGUCUGCUGCCAUCUCUUCAGGAGCUCAUCCUGUCGGAAAACCAGCUGAGGGCUCUACCUGAGUUGCCAUCAAGUCUCAUUCAUCUAGAUGCCAAACUGAAUCAACUGCAGAGUUCAGGCAUCCGGACAGAGGCCUUCAAGGACCUGACAAAGUUGCAGUUUCUAUACCUGUCGGACAACAAACUUGACUAUAUCCCUGUGCCUCUCCCUUUUAGUCUGCAGUCGCUUCACCUCCAGAAUAACAAAAUCCAGACAAUGCACAAGGAUACAUUCUGUGACAGCCAGGACCGUACAUUCAUCAGACGAGCCCUGGAAGACAUUCGACUGGAUGGGAACCCCAUUAACCUGAGCAGAUUUGGAGAGGGCUAUUUCUGCAUCCCUCGUCUUCCCACUGGCACCUUCCACUGAGCAGUGCAAUUCUAUCUAGAACAAUUUUUAAUAAUUAUAGGGAGUGCAUCGUAUGCACAAACCAGGUCAAAGAAGUAAAAUUCAUAGAGCAAAUUUAGGUCACAUGUAUGUAUGCUAGCUGUCAAAAAAUGUUCAUCGUCCCCUAAAAUAAAGGCUUAAAAAA